UGUGUGUGUGUGGUGGGCAUGAGUUAGUCAAACAGAUUUUGGAUUUUGUAACAAAGCAGCAGCAGGUGGACUUGGGCACAGAGACAGAAGCAGAGUGUGUCAGUGCUGUACAGCUCUCAGCAGGAAGAUGAGCUCCAUCAAGAUAUGUUCCUAUUUUGUCAUUGUGACAGUGUUGUUGUGUGUAACCAGUUUGGUUGUAGCAGAUCCAGUGGGCCGGAUCCCCCGUCAGACAGCAGCCAGACAACAAGGGGGCGUCGUUCUUUUUUUCGUUUCCUUCCAGGGUAUCCUGAGAGAAAUCGAGUUCAACCCAAUCAUCUUCAAUCAGGUGUUGGUGAACCAGGGCUCCGCCUACAACAAUGACACAGGUGUGUUCACGGCACCGGUCGCUGGAAUCUACCAGUUCGUGUUUGCUGCUCAGCUCUGCCGCGGAGACCACAACAACUUGUGGAUCUUCAUGCUCAAGGGCUCCAAGGACAUGGCCUGUCAUGCUCAGGUUUCUGGUGGUGACACAACCCUGAACACCUGCUACCUCAUGGAGGAACUGAAGAAAGGUGACCAGGUGUGGGUAAAGCAGAAUGUGGGGAGUUGCGCCUGGGCCAGCACUCACUCCAAAACCAUCACCUUCUCUGGCGUCCUGUUGGCAAGUGAGGGUGUGUCCAUGCUUGGGGGGAAGUAUGGCUCCUGUCCACUGGCCAGCCUGAGCCACAAAAGGGAGAUGGUGUCCGGCUCUACAGGCCAGAGUGCCGCUUGGUCUAAUGUGGCCAUCACUCUGCUGCUCUGCUGUCUCCUCUGGGAUUAAUCAUGGAACAGCGACUGUAGAAACAUGGCAGUUCAACAUGGCAGACUUCACGGAAGGUGGCCCUCGCAUAUCACAUUCUCCUCUUUCACAAUGUAGUGACAUAUAUCUGAACAUCUGUUUACUUUCUUUCAAUUCUACAGUAAAAGCUAAUGGUAAAUACAGAGAACUGCUAUCUGUUGUUUUUAGAUCAUUUUGAUAAUCACCUCACAAUUAGUCGCUCCCAACCUGGGGGUCGCCAACACUAGGGGUCGCCAAAGCCUCAUGCCUUCUUGAUUUUAAGGUGUGUACGGAAAGUAGGCCUGUAUCUCAGCAUUUGGUUCACUUCUGUGAAGAAAAGUAAGGGUAUUAGAAAGGAGUGAAAGCUCACCGAGGAGAACUAGGCCGAUGAAGAGCAAAGAGCACAACUCCUCAUAAACUUGACGGUUUGUGGGAGGGUCUUAUGGAGUCAUAGCAGAGAGCGAGGCGGAAGGAUUUGCAUACGUUUUGGCUACUGCAGCUUUAAUAUAGCUGGAAACAGGGGGCUGUAAAACCAUGACAACAAGACAAUGAGCUAAAAAAGACUGAAAAGUGUGUUGAUCACAACCAUCGACAUAAAAGAUGGAUUUUGCGUCUCCACUUCCUCACGCUGUACAAAAAUGAAGCCAAAAUAUCCCGGAUACGGCCGCUGCUACCUUGCUCAGGUGACGUCAUUCAGAGCCAGUCUGGCACCGUGAUAUUGCAGUCCCGCCCAUACGCCCGGCCAACUCAAUCGUGAGCAGGACUCAGCUGUCAAUCAUGACGUGAAACCCCUUUUUAUAGCUUUUAAUAAUUAAAACUGAACCUAUCAGAAAAAUGAACACUAGAACAUACGUCAGUUUGAUGAAAACUAAAAAGACAGAAACCAUCUUUGGUGUAUUCUGUUGGUCUAUCUUUGGUCUAUCGUUUAUUUGACGUGUACUUUUAGUACUUUUAGUUGUCCCAUCUGCUAACAUGGAGGCAGCAGGCUUUAUGACCUAUACUGCAGUCAGCCACCAGGGAGAGAUAGAGAUGUUUUGGCUUCACUUUUGGAGAGCUGUCAUGUCGUCCAUCUUUAUAUAAGCCGAUGGUCACAACCCCUUUUACAUUAUAUAACAUAAUUGAUUCAAUAACAAUAUUACAAACAUUAUUAUAUUGAUGAAUUCAGCUUUAAUAUUUGGGUUUAAUGCUGUUUUUGGUUCUGUUACUGUGUUAUUCAGAUCUUGUUCUUCACCUUUUUAAACUCUUUGUAUUUCAUUGAUAUUAUUCGUGUGUAAUGAGCUCAGCACAGGCACAGACCAAAGCCAGGGCUGUAACAGCACUGACUGUCCAGCAGAUGGAGACACCUAACUGAUAAUGUCCAUAUACCCUGAGCUGGGACAUGGGGGUCAUGUGCUGCAUGCAUGCUCUAAGGGUAAAAUUACUUGGUUAAAAGUAAAUAAUUAGUUUCUUGUUCCCAUGAGCAGUACAAACACCUUUUCGACAUCACUUGUCACUUCCAACCUGAACACAGCAUCACAUCACCAAAUGUAGGACUUUGAGUAUUUGAACCUACACACAGUAUCAGUGCUGUGCCUCUGUGGGGCUCAUUGACAGCACUCAUGGAUUGGUCAGGGUUAGCAGGAGUGCUAGAAAUUGACAACAGAAAGUUUGUACAGAUGCUCUUACAACUUUUAUAACUUUUAUAAUGACAUAACUUAGUCCACAUUUUAGUCCACAUAUUGCUCAUUCUUUUGAGUAUCUCAAUCUGUUGAUUUAGUAUCUCAGGAUAUUGAUCAUUUUGACUUUAACCCUAAAAUGCUGUUUUCUUUGUUUGGUAGAACACAUUAUAAGCUGUGAUAUGUUGUUAGAAAACGUGUUGGACCUGAUUCUCUAGAAUUUAAAUUUUAUAUUUUUUUGACUUGUCAUUAAUGGUAAAUAUAGUAUUUCUAACAAUAAAAAAAGAAAAAAACAAUACACCAA